UCGCUGCGCGGGCGGCGGUUGGGAUCCGUCCGGUCUGUCCAGCCGGAGAGGGACCUGGUGCCUGUACCCAGGUUUCUGUCGCUCAGUCACCUGUGCUAUUCCCUGCUGUAGUCACAGGAGCUGUCGAGAGGACCCCGGGACAUCUGAAAGCCAGGAAAUGAUGUUUCAGGACCCAGUGGCCUUUGAGGAUGUGGCUGUGAACUUCACCCAGGAAGAGUGGACGUUGCUGGAUAUUUCCCAGAAGAAUCUCUUCAGGGAAGUGAUGCUGGAAACUUUCAGGAACCUGACCUCUAUAGGAAAAAAGUGGAAAGACCAGAACAUUGAAUAUGAGUACAAAAUCCCCAGAAGAAGCUUCAGGAGUCUCAUAGAAGAGAAAGUCAAUGAAAUUAAAGAAGACAGUCAUUGUGGAGAAACUUUUACCCAGGUUCCAGAUGACAGGCUGAACUUCCAGGAGAAGCAAACUUCUCCUGAAGUAAAAUCAUGUGACAGCUUUGUGUGUGGUGAAGUUGGCAUAGGUAACUCAUCUUUUAAUAUGAACAUCAGAGGUGACAUUGGACACAAGGCAUAUGAGUAUCAGGAAUAUGGACCAAAGCCAUAUAAGUGUCAACUGAAGCCAUAUAAGUGUCAACAACCUAAGAAUAAGAAAACCUUCAGGUAUCGCCCCUACAUUAGAACACAAGAAAGGGAUCGCAUUGGAGAGAAACCCUAUGCUUGUAAAGAAUGUGGAAAAACCUUUAUUUUCCAUUCAAGCAUUCGAAGACACAUGGUAAUGCACAAAGGGGAUGGACCUUAUAAAUGUAAAUUUUGUGGGAAAGCCUUCCAUUGUUUCAGUUUAUGUCUUAUCCAUGAAAGAACACACGCUGGAGAGAAACCAUAUGAAUGUAAACAAUGUGGUAAAUCCUUUAGUUAUUCUGCUACCCUUCAAAUACAUGAAAGAACUCACACUGGGGAGAAGCCCUAUGAAUGUAGCAAAUGUGAUAAAGCAUUUCAUAGUUCCAGUUCCUAUCAUAGACAUGAAAGGAGUCACAUAGGGGAGAAGCCUUAUCAGUGUAAAGAAUGUGGAAAAGCAUUCGCGUAUACCAGUUCUGUUCGUAGACAUGAAAAGACCCACUCUGGGAAAAAGACGUAUGAAUGUAAGCAAUAUGGGGAAGCCUUAUCCUAUCUUACAAGUUUUCAAACACACAGAAUGAACUCUGGAGAAAGACCUUAUAAAUGUAAGAUAUGUGAGAAAGGCUUUUAUUCUGCCAAGUCAUUUCAAAGACAUGAAAAAACUCACACUGGAGAGAAACGCUAUAAAUGCAACCAAUGUGGUAAAGCUUUCGAUCUUUCCAGUUCCUUUCGAUAUCAUGAAAGGAUUCACACUGGAGAGAAACCCUAUGAGUGUAAGGAGUGUGGGAAAGCCUUCAGAUCUGCCUCACAGCUUCGAGUGCAUGGUGGGACUCACACUGGAGAGAAACCCUAUGAAUGUAAGGAAUGUGGGAAAGCCUUCAGAUCUACCUCACACCUUCGAGUGCAUGGUAGGACUCAUACGCAUAGUAGGACUCACACUGGAGAGAAACCCUAUGAGUGUAAGCAAUGUGGGAAAGCCUUCAGAUCUGCCUCAAACCUUCAGAUGCAUGAAAGAACUCACACUGGAGAGAAACCCUAUGAAUGUAAGGAAUGUGAAAAAGCGUUCUGUAAAUUCUCUUCUUUUCAAAAACAUGAAAGGAAGCACAGAGGAGAAAAGCCCUAUGAAUGUAAGCAUUGUGGGAAUGGAUUCACAUCUGCCAAGAUCCUUCAAGUACAUGCAAGAACACACAUUGGAGAGAAACACUAUGAAUGUAAGGAAUGUGGAAAAGCAUUCAAUUAUUUUUCUUCCUUGCAUAUACAUGCAAGGACUCAUAUGGGAGAGAAGCCAUAUGAAUGUAAGGGUUGUGGGAAAGCAUUCAGCUAGCCUGAUUCCUUUUAUGGACAUGAAUAGACUCACACUGGAAGGAAACACUAUGAAUGCAAGCAAUGUGGCAAAGCUUUCACAUGUUCCAGUUCUUUUUGAUACCAUGAAAUGACUCACACUGGGGAGAAACCCUAUCAAUGUAAGCAAUGUGGGAAAGUCUUCAUUUCUUUUACUUCUUUUCAACGUCAUGAAAGGACUCACAUGGGAGAGAAACCCUAUGAGUGUAUGUGAUGUGGAAAAGCAUUUCUUCUAGUUCCGUUCAAUAUCAUGAAAGGACUCACACUGGAGUGAAGCCCUAUGAAUGUAAGCAGUGUGGGAAAGCCUUCAGAUCAGCCUCGCACCUUCAAUGGCAUGGAAGCAUUCACACUUGGGAGAAACCCUA